UGAAGGGAGAGAGUCCUGAGAGCUGUCACCAUUCUCCACUCCCAAAGGAGCAAGGGGAAGAGUUGGAGGGACAGAGCAUGAUUGAGUUUGCUGCGCUGGAACGCAGGUGUCCCGAGCGGCCCUGUCUCAUGGAACCACCUUCUAAGCUCAAGGUGCACCUGGUCCUAGGAAGGAAAAGACGUCACGGAAACAUGCGACUGUCCAAGCAGGCUGCUCCGUUGCGCACAGAAACCACAGCCACGAUGACGUCGAGUCUCGUUUCACAACUCACACGGGCUCCGCCUGCAUGCUGGUCACAACCCCAGGCAGGUGGCGGUCUCAAAUCACAAAUCAGGAGAGGGAGGCGGGGAGGACUUGCCCGGCUCACCGCCAUGGGCAGGGCUCUGGACAAGCUGUCCGCCCGGCACUGCAGCCUCUUCCCUGCUGGCUACGUCACACCCUGCCACCCGCAGACGCCACGCCAGCUCCCCACGGGGCUGCUGCUCCAGCCUUGCUUCUGGGGCUCCCCCAGGGCCGGAAGCACCAUUCCUAGACUGGCCACUCUGUCAGACCGUGAACCAUGCAGCUCAUGCCCGUCUUCUCUUCCGACCUGGGUUUCUGGGAGGCUCUCUCCACCCAGUGCUCGGCCGCUCCUGUGGAGGGUCAGCCUCUUUACCCUCGCUCCUCUACCUCCACCUUCUUCUCUACUGAAAGCCCAGCUUGUGCAUUCGUGCAUGCUCUGCUCUUAGGUUCUACUUCUUGCAACCUGAGAGAAUAGGGUCAGACAGAGCCAAGUUCAAAUCCUGGCUCCCCACCUGCCAACUGGAGAUACAGCGUGGGGUCCACAUGCUUGGCCACACAACCCAGCUUAGUCACCCCAUUGUCACUGCUGUUGUCAGUGACACAAGGACAACUGCUGAGGCUCCGCUGUGGGC